CGGUCCAUAGGUAUAUAGUCAAAGGCUGGCACGCUUUCUUCGUGCAGUAUGGCCCGCUCGAGUCCACUUGUAUUUGAUAUCCUUGCGUUAUCGUGCGGCAGGUUUUCGACUUCCACGUAGGAACGACGCCCGACAAAUAAUUGCCGACGACGAUGGACGAGGAAUGGGAUGUCGAUAACGUUGAGGCGAAAUUCGAUCUCGCGAUGAGAUCGAACAAGUGGGAGGGCGAGGACGAGGAGGAAGACGUUAAGGACAGUUGGGAGGAUGUGGAAGAAGAGAAAAAGGACGUAGAAAAGCCGGCGGAAGUACCGAAAGCAAAGCCAAAACCUAGAAAAGCGUUGGCUGAGAGGAUCGAGGAACGUGAGAAAAAAGCAAAAGAAGAAGCUGAGAGGAAAGUGAAAGAAAUGGAGGAGGCACUUACGCCGGAAGAGAGGCGAGCCGAGAUGCUCAGGCGCCAGAGGUUGCAAGAGGAGGCAGACUUGCGGCUGGCAAUGGAAACUUUCGGUACACCUACAACGGAACCGUCAAGCGAAUCUCUCGACGCUAUGGUCCCAGACACGAAGGAGGAGUUUGAGCGAUUUGGCACGGCGCUUUCGCAAAAAAUAAAUCAAUUUAACAAACACGCCGAAUUCCCGACAUUCGCAGAGGAGCUCAUAAAGUCCAUUUGUCUUAAUUUAUCAUCGCAUUACUUGAAGAAAGUGAAAACCACGGUCGACAACUUGCUUAUCGAGAAGCAGAAAAUCGAGAAGGGCGACAAAGCGAAAAAGAAUAAGGGUAAGGGAAAGGCGAAGCUUAAGAUCGAGGGUGACAACACCCUGCUGAGCGAAUACGGUGAUUAUGUAUUUGAUGAAUAUGAUGAUUUUAUGUAGCGACUUUUCACAUAUUCAUACAUUCUAGUCGCCUAAAAUACAUACGAGAGAAAUAUUAAUUUGCAGAUUUAUACAGAGACUUUAUAUUUGUAUUUUCUGCAUAAUUGAAUUGUAACCGAAAUGUACAAUGGUUUAAUCUAUAAUCCGUAAAUAUUGUUCACACGUAACAGGAUAAAAUAGAAACUAAAGUUAACAAUUGUAAUAUUAUCGGCGGAAAUGCUUAAAACGAACUAUACUUUAUUAACUAUGUAGUAAUAAGAUACACACACACACACACAGACACACACACAGACACUGAGAACAGUUGGAUAUUCAAUAAUUUGUAUGUUGAGUUUGCCAGAUUUUUAUCUACCUGUCCGUCAUUGAACUUUUUCCGUUUGCUAUUGUAAUAUCUAUGAUAAUUAAUUGUGCGUAAGAGGUAUUGAAAAUAUUGCACGACUGCGCAACUUCAGCUCAUCGAUUGUAUAUCCAUCGGGAUCGGGUGGAGGAGGAGGAGAUAGCAUUACAUUGUACAUCUUUGUUUUGUUUUAAGCUGUUACGAAAAAUGCUCCCUUUAUAGCAGGUAUCGUUGCGGAUAUCACUGCGGAUUAAAUCGUGUAAUUACAUUCUGGAAGUUUUAUAUGAUGCAGCUUAUACAUAUACAUGUGCAUACACACGUACUUUUAUUGGACAUUAAUUCGAAGUUGGUUUUGAAAGAGUAUAUUCCUAAAUAAAGGUUGAUUAUAAAUUA